AUGUCCUCACCGUCCCCGCACCCCAGCAGCCCAACUGGCCUUCCCACCGUUCCAGUGCCCCAGCAGCCCACUGGCCUCCCCACCAUCCCUGCAUCCCAGUGGCCCAACCACCACCUGACCGUCCCAUCGCCCCAGCCAGCCUCCCCACCAUUCCAGCGACCCAACCUGCCUCCCCACCUUCCCCACGCCCCAGCAGCCUAUCCAGCCUCCCCACCGUUCCCCACGCCCCAGCGGCCCAACCAGCCUCCCCACCAUCCCCCAUCCCAUCAGCCCACCUGGCCUCCCCACCGUCCCACGCCCCAAUGGCACAACCAGCCUCCCCACCCUCUCCGCACCCCACCUCCCCAUCAUCCCUGCGCCCCAGCAGCCCACCUGACCUCCCACAGUCCCCACGCCCCAGUGGCACAACUAGCCUCCCCACCUUCCAACCACCCCAGUGGCCCAACCAGCCUCCCCACCAUCCCUGAGCCCCAAUGGCCCAACAAGCAUCCCCCGUGCCCCAGUGGACCACCUGGCCUCCCUACCGUCCCCACGCUCCAGCAGCCCACCCAGUCUCCCCACUGUCCCCGCACCCCAAUUGCUCACCCAGCCUCCCCACCAUCCCUGUGCCUCAGUGGUCCAACCAGCCUGCCCACCAUUCCCGCACUCCAGCAGCCCACCCGGCCUCUCCACCGUCCGUGCGCCACAGCGGCUCAACCAGCCUCCCCCUCCACCCCGCGCCCCAGCGGCUCAACUAGCUUCCCCACCGUCCCCACAACCCAGGCCCCCAUGCAGCACAACCAGCCUCCCCACCUUUCCAGCGCCCCAGUGGACCACCUGGCCUCCGCACUAUCCUCGUGCCUCAGCAGCCCACCCAGCCUCCCGACCGUCCCCAUGCCCCAGUGGUCCAACCGGCCUCCCCACUGUCCCCGCGCCCCAGUGGCCCACCCAGCCUCCCCACUGUCCCCGUGUCCCAGCAGCCCACCUUGCCUACCCACCGUCCUCACGUCCCAGUGGCCCAACCGGCCACUCCACCAUCCCCACACACCAGAGGCCCAACCGGCCACCCCACCAUCCCCACACACCAGUGGCCCACCCAGCUUCCCCACUGUCCCCACGCCCCAGUGGCCCAACCGGACUCUCCACCGUCCCUGCGCCCCAUUGGCCCACCUGCCCUUCCCACCGUCCCCGCGCCCCAGCAGCCCACUCGACUUCCCCAUCAAAGUUAAAUAA